GUGGACCGAACUGAGGUCAUCAAAAGCAACCUGAACCCGGUCUUCGCCAAGGUCUUCAUGGUGGACUAUUACUUUGAGGAGGUGCAGAAGCUGCGCUUUGAGGUCUAUGACAUCCACGGGCACGGCGGUGGCGAUGACGACUUCCUGGGAGGCAUGGAGUGCACGGUGGGGCAGAUCGUGGCCCAAAAGCGGGUGAACAAACUGCUCUUUCUCAAGUACGGGAAACCUGCCGGCAAGUCCACCAUCACAGAUCUUUUCAGUAAGUCAGAUCCCUUUCUGGAGAUCUACCGGAUCAAUGAUGACGGGAGUGAGCAGCUGGUCCACCGGACUGAGUUUGUCAAGAACAACCUGAGCCCCAUCUGGGAACCCUUCAAAGUGUCGCUGAACUCCCUUUGCAGCUGUGAAGAGAAGCGGAAGCUGAGGUGCAUUGUCUUCGACUAUGACUCCCGGGGCAAGCAUGACUUCAUCGGAGAGUUUUACACCACUUUUGAGGAGAUGCAGAAAGCCACGGGCGGCAACAAGAUCCAGUGGGACUGCAUGAAUCCGAAGUACAAGCUGAAGAAGCGAAACUACCGAAAUUCUGGCGUGGUCAUUCUCCUGGACCUGAAGAUUCACAGGGUCUACUCCUUCCUGGAUUACAUCAUGGGUGGCUGCCAGAUCCAUUUCACGGUUGCCAUUGACUUCACAGCCUCCAACGGGGACCCCCGAAACAGCUGCUCCCUCCACUACAUCAAUCCUUACCAGCCCAACGAAUACCUGAAGGCUCUGGUGGCCGUGGGGGAGAUUUGCCAGGACUAUGACAGUGAUAAGAAAUUCUCUGCCCUGGGCUUUGGAGCUAGGAUCCCCCCCAACUAUGAAGUCUCCCAUGAUUUUGCUAUCAACUUCAACCCAGCGAACGAUGAAUGCGAAGGGAUCCAGGGGGUGGUGGAGUCCUACCAGAGCUGCUUGCCCAAGAUUCAGCUCUACGGACCAACCAACGUGGCACCCAUCAUCUCCAAAGUGGCAGGAGUAGCCGCUAACGAAGAAAAGACCCAGGAAGCUUCGCAAUACUUCAUCCUGCUGAUCCUAACCGAUGGGGUGGUGACCGACAUGGCAGACACGCGGGAAGCCAUUGUCCGGGCCUCCUACUUGCCCAUGUCCAUCAUCAUUGUGGGGGUGGGCAAUGCCGACUUCACCGACAUGCAGAUUUUGGAUGGGGACGAUGGGAUCCUUCGUUCCCCCAAGGGCGAGCCCGUCAUGCGGGACAUCGUGCAGUUCGUCCCCUUCCGGGAGUUCAAGAACGCUUCUCCAACUGCCCUGGCAAAGUGUGUGCUGGCAGAGGUGCCCAAGCAGGUGGUGGAAUAUUACAGCUACAAGGCCUUACCCCCUCGUUGCCCCAAAGGGAACACCCCUGACUCCGCUUUGAACUCGCCUCAGUGACCCUGCCGGGCCUUGGCCGCUGCGUCUGUCUCCCCUCCCUGUGCUCCUUCCCCAGGAAAGCAAGGCCACAGAGAGCUUCUCCUCCCACCCCUGCAGAGCAGGAUGUGUUCUCGCCCCCCCUUGCCGUGUGGGCACAACCACAGCGACGUUGCGCAAGAGUCUUGUGUCGGAGGCCAGCAAGUCCAGGAAUGGCCCUGUUGUGAGGGAGGGCAACGUCCCCAACAGAUGGAGGUAGAAAGGAUUUCCCUGGGCAGCAGAGGCUCCAAGCUGGGGCAGUGCCAAAGAGCCACCAUGAUUGCAAAGGAAAGUGAGAGAGUGUAAAGAGAGGAACCAACAGGCAGAGCGGGAAUGGGGUGCAGUGCCCUUUGCCCAUAGUCCCCGUCCUUCAGAUACGCCCACAAGCGCGCACGAAGGGCCCGGGUCCUCCUGACCUUAACUUGGUCUCUCACAGGCUUCCGUUGGUGUUGCAGCCUCACCCUCGGUGGAUCAGUGGGUUCUCUUUGCAAGGGCCCCCCUGGAAAUGAAGGGGUAAAUAAAGCCAGGGUACCCUGGGGAGGGGGCAGAAAAGAGAGGCACCCCAAUGGGAUGAGCUUCACAGAGUGGGGUGACAUGCUCCAGGAUGGGCACCUGAGGAAGUCACCAGCCUGCAUUCUGCAGCUGGAGCCCGGGGUUCCCUGCCACAGGGCUUUUGGCCCUUGUGAAGUGACCUGCAGCCCCGCCGGUGCUUCCCACACCAGAGGCUCAGCUGUGAGGUCCCUGCCAUCUCAACUGGGGUGUCGCAGCAGGACCCUCCCCCCCUCAUGUGCAGAAAGGGCUCAGACGGCGAUGAGGCUUCCCUUCUACGUGGCAAAGGGGACACGGCCACGUCUGCAGCACGAAAGGACCCCACCCGUGUUGUGAAGGCCCUUCUGUCCAUUUCACGGCCUCAUUCUGUGCAUGAAGCGAUUCGGGUCCAGUCCCCUUUUCCCUCCAUGUGCUACGUGGUCGUCUUUUGCUGUGAUGUUGUCAUUUGCUGAUGGUUGCAUGAGAAAUACUAGAUGUACUGAGGAAGUCGGCCAAAUAAAGGAAGAGAUUAUGUUUCCUCCGCAGUCCACCUUUUUGACAGGGAAAGGCACAAAUGUCCCAGUAAACAUCUUGAAACAACAGUGCAUCUGCAAGCUUCAGCCAGUUUCAAACACAACGCCAUUUCUGGCCAGAGGCAAAUGCACGGCGUGUCACAAAAUGUGCUGUGGCACCCCUUGGUUUGUGUCACAGUCAUGGUGACCAGAUGGGUACUUAGGUGCCCACUGACCAAAUCUGUAGCGACAAACCGCUUGUACGAGCGCAGCCAGACUUCGGGGGGGUUAGCUUUACAGAGGGCGUUUCAUUGAGUUUAAGAACUGGCAACACAUUAUUUAACUGGCAGAAAAGCAUGAAUGACGGAGAUUUGAGGUAGUCACCCUGCGUGCAGACGCCACUGAGAAGAACAAGCCUUCCGUACACGUGCAGGAUUUCCUUCCCCCGAGGCUCCUCUCUUUGCAGCCGUGACGUUCUAAAUCUCACCUGCUUCCCUUAAAACCCUUUCCAAAGCCUUGCAUUGUUCGAAGACACAGGAUGCCCACUCUCCGGCCGAACUGUCUGGUUUGGAGGACCGAUGCCAAUUCGCCCAAAGCAAACGGUAAUUGAGGUUGAAGGGAGAGGCUUCGCCUCCCAAAACAAAGCCCUAAAGGAGGCCAGAAGGCAACACAGUGGAACACGCUGGCGCUUCAGUGCCCCGGGUCGCGUCCUCCCGCGAGAGCGAGGAAGGCCUCAGCUACUCCUCCAGUGACAGCUCUUCAGACACUGCCAGGACACGAUUGUAACACCUCUUAAUUGCCGCACGUUAGUCUUAUUGCAGCAAGAAAUAGCCAAGAGACCGGCGGCACCAUACGAAGUAACAGGCCUUGCAACAUCAACAUUGGUGGAAUUAGAGUCUAUGUUAUGGAACCCUAUCCUAAAUCAGGGGAAUAAAGGCACGAGGAGGAGGAGG